UGCAAUUAUGACUUCUUUGGGACUUGAUAGUGAAACUUUGAAUGGUUCUUUUAACGAUGAAGCCGAGUACGUAAAUCACGAGUUCACUGGCCCUGAAAAUGAAAAGGUUAUCGAGGUAAACGUGGUGGACGGGGAUUCCAAUGUCUGUAGUAGCUACGACUGUAACGAUGUUGUUAAUUCCGAAAUCGGCCAGCAAGUGCACAUGUUUGAUAGUGAGGGUGAGAUUGAUACCGAUUCCAGUGGGGACGAGCAAGAGUUUCAUUUCAAUUUAAAUUCCAACGAUGAGGUUUUUGCAAUUCGCGAAGGUGAUGGUGGGGGAGCAAGCCCUUCGGUGACACACAGUGCACAACGAUUUCGAGAUGAAAUUUCAGAAUGGGUUGUUCAGUAUCAAAUCAAACAUUCCAGCGUUGAUGCAUUGCUAAAAAUUUUUACUCUUCUGCCGGGUUUCGAAAAGCUUGGUUUGCCGAAAACGUGUCGCACUUUGCUUCAAACAAUUCGACAAACUCCUCUUCGCCUAGUCAGUCCUGGUCAUUACUAUCACUUCGGGAUCACUGAAAGUAUUGAACUGCUACUAAAAAGGCUGAAUGUUGAUAGGGUUGACAACGAUAUUAUAAAAAUUCAGUUUAAUGUUGAUGGUAUUCCAAUAGCUAAGAGUUCUGAAAGUUGCCUGUGGCCUAUUCUUGGUUUAAUAGAACGAAUUGACGGUUCAGUCCCUUUUCCAGUUGGAAUCUAUCAUGGGUAUGGAAAGCCAAAAGAUCCAAACGAAUUUUUAUAUGAUUUCGUUAGAGAAGUGUGUUUAUUGCAACAAAUUGGAUUUGUGUACAAUGGCCGAAAGAUUGAUGUUGAAGUAUCUGGAUUCCUGUGUGAUGCGCCCGCAAUGGCAUUUAUUAAAUGCAUCAAGUCGCAUACCGGGUAUUAUAGUUGCUCUAAAUGUACUGUCAAGGGCGAGUGGGCUGGAAGGGUGGUAUUUUUGAAUGAAGAGAAAGGUGAAAAACGAACCGAUGCCACCUUCCGUAAUCGAGCUCAUGUAAAACACCAUAAUAAUGAAAGCUCUAGUUUAGAACUUUUAGGUGUUGACAUGAUUCAUGGAUUUCCUCUCGAUUACAUGCAUUUAGUGUGUUUAGGAAUCAUGCGCAAAAUGUUGUGGUAUUGGAUUCACGGCCCGUUAAAUGUUCGGAUGGGUAGAUUGAGAAUUGAAAAAAUAUCAGAAAGGUUGUUGGAUGUAUCUUGUUACAUUCCCAGGGAAUUUGUUAGGAAGCCAAGGGGCUUUAAUGAACUGGCUCGGUGGAAGGCCACAGAAUUCCGUCAAUUUUUAUUGUACACCGGUCCUGUUGUUCUAAAGGGAAUCCUCCCAAGCCAUUUGUAUGGCCACUUCCUAACUUUGCAUUCUGCAAUUAAAAUCUUGGUGUCAAAAGAGCUUUGUCAAAGGGAAAAUACCUAUGCCAAAUCCCUUUUGAACCAUUUUGUAGAUCAUUGUCAACGCUUCUAUGGUGACACCUUCAUGUCAUACAAUUCCCACAAUCUACGCCAUUUGGCUGACGACGUCUUAAUGAGAGGCCAUCUAGACACUUUUAGUUGCUUCCCGUUCGAGAAUUAUCUGUAUAAGUUGAAACAUCUAAUCAGGAAACACGAAAAACCUCUGCCACAGGUUGUGCGACGCCUACAAGAAUUUGCGAAUCAUAUGAGGCUUGAAGUCACUACCUCUUCCCUUGGAAACCCUUUGCUAAAACGGAAGCACACAGAUGGGCCAGUCCCUAGUGGAUUUCGUGGCCAGCAGUAUCGAGAAGUUCAUUUAAGGGACUUUGUGCUAAAAUCUGAUUCGGUGAAAGACUGUCACGUUUAUUUAAAAGAUUUGGACGUUGUCAAAGUGACAAACUUUUUCGAGGUCGACUCGCGUAUUUUUUUUACAGGCAGAAAGUACGUAUAUCGUGACAACGUCUUUACAUUGCCGUGUGAAUCAUCGAGGUUCAAUGUUUUUUUACUCUGGGGAUUGGAUUCUUUAAAUUGGUGGCCUUUAGACUCCAUUUUAUGCAAAGCACUCGUUAUUCCUUGUGGAAAACGCCAUAAAUGUGCCGCUUUUCCCUUACUGAUGAGCAAAAACUAUUGA